AUGAAAUCCUAUUUCAAUAACCAUCAGAGAUUACACACGGGAGAAGAUCUGCACUCCUGUUCUGAGUGCGGAAAACGUUUUGUACAAAAAUCAUAUCUUGUUACACAUCAAAUAACUCACACGGGUGAAAGGCCGUAUUCCUGCCAAGAGUGCGGGAAAUGUUUUUUUCAAGAGUGCGGGAAAUGUGUUUCAACAAAGUCACAUCUUGCCAUACAUCAAAGGUCUCACGCGAGGGAAAAGCCAUAUUCCUGUCCUGAGUGCGGGAAAUGUUUUUUAAAUAAAUCGCGUCUUGUCACACAUCAAAGGUCUCACACGGGGGAGAAGCCUUUUUGCUGUUCAGAGUGCGGGAAAUGUUUUUUAGAGAAGUCCACCCUUCGUUAUCAUCAGAGACUGCACACGGGGGAGAAGCUAUAUUCCUGUUCUGAGUGUGGGAAAUGUUUUGUAAAACAAUCAGUACUUGUCAUCCAUCAGAGGUCUCACACGGGGGAGAAGCCAUUUUCCUGUCCUGAGUGCGAGAAAUGUUUUUCGGACAAGUCUUCUCUUCACAAACAUCAGAUUUUGCACACGGGUGAGAAACCACAUUCCUGUCCUGAGUGCGAGAAAUGUUUCUAUUCUAAAUCCAAACUUAAUGUGCAUAAACGAUCUCACAAAGGUGAGAAGCCACAUUCCUGCCCUGAGUGCGGGAAAUGUUUUUCAAGGAAUUCUCAACUUUUCUUACAUCAGAGAUCUCACACGGGGGAGAAGCCAUUUUCCUGCCCUGAGUGCUGGAAAUGUUUUGCACAAAAAUCACAACUUGUCAGACAUCAGAGGUCUCACACGGGGGAAAAGCCAUAUUCCUGUCCUGAUUGUGGGAAAUGUUUUGUACAAAAAUCAUUACUUUCUGCACAUCAGAGGUGUCACACGGGGGGAAAAACCUGCGGGAAAUGUUAUGUACAUAAAGUAGAUCUUGCCACGCAUCUGAGGUCUCACACAGGGGAAAAGCCGUAUUCCUGUCCUGAGUGUGGAAAAUGCUUUUCAGAUAAGUCUCAUCUUUGCAGACAUCGGGGAUCUCACAGAGGUGAGAAGUCAUUUUCCUGUUCUUUGUGCGGGAAAUGUUUUUCACAGAAAUCCAGUCUUCAUAGACAUCAGAGGUCUCACACAAGUGUAAAGCCAUAUUCCUGUCCUGAAUGCGGGAAAGGUUUUGUAGAAAAAUCAGACCUCGUCACACAUAAAAGGUCUCACACGGGGGAGAAGCCAUUCUCCUGUCCUAAGUGCGGGAAAUGUUUUUCAGGGAAGUCCAGUCUUUACAGACAUCAGAGAUCUCACACGGGUGAAAGGCCGCAUUCCUGCCCUGAGUGCGGGAAAUGUUUUUUACAAAAAUCAGAACUUGUUACACAUCAGAGGUCUCACACGGGGGAAAAGCCGUAUUCCUGUCCUGAGUGUGGGAAAUGCUUUUCAGAUAAGUCACACCUUUCCAGACAUCGGAGAUUGCAUGCUGGCGACAAGCCAUAUACUUGUUCUGAGUGCGGGAAAUGUUUUUCCGUGAAGUCCAAUCUUAACAGACAUCGGAGAUUGCACACGAGAGAGAAGCCGCACGCCUGUCCUGAGUGCGGGAAACGUUUUUCACGGAAGAGAUUCUCCUGUACUGAGUGCGUGAAAUGUUUCCGUUUCAAAUCCCAACUUGAUGUGCAUAAAAGAACUCACACGGGGGAGAAGCCGUAUUCCUGUCCUGAGUGCGGGAAAUGUUUUGUACAAAAACUACAACUUGUCACACAUCAAAUCUCUCACACAGGGUUAAAGCCGUAUUCCUGUGCCGAGUGUGGGAAAUGUUUUCGAGGGAGGUCCAAUCUUUACCAACAUCGGAAAUUGCAUUGGAGUGAGAAGCCCUAUCCCUGCUCUGAGUGCGACAAAGGUUAUGUACAAAAAUCAGAGCUUGUCAGACAUCAGAGGUCUCACACUGAGAAGCCGUAUUCCUGUCCUGAGUGCGGAAAAUGUUUUUCAAAAAAGAACCAUCUUUCCAUACACCGGAGUUCUCACACGGAGGAGAAGCCACUUUCCUGUCCCGAGUGCGGGAAAUGUCACUCACGCAAGUCCUGUCUUUAUAGACACUUGAAAUUGGACACGGGGGAGGAUCCACUUUCCUGGUCUGAUUGA